AUGGCAUCAUCCAAAGUCAUUCCAGAUACCGACAAGGUUGGUGAAGAGGCACAAACGUCGAGCUCUGUACGACGCGUCGCACAGCUCACUGAUCAUCUGGCAUCUGCUGAAGAGACUGAGCGAGUGAACAAUUCUGCUACGCCUUCACAAGAAUAUCCCAAAUCCAAUCAUCAAUUUGAACCCAAUCGUUACAUCGAUGAUGUAAGGGAAUUGAAGGUAGCAGUGGUGGGUGCAGGCCUCGCAGGUAUCAAUGCAGCGAUCCUACUCCCUGCGAAGGUUCCACGGAUCAAUCUGACCGUCUUUGAGAAAAACGAGGAUGUGAGUGGGACAUGGCUCGAAAACGUCUAUCCUGGUGUUCGAUGUGACAUACCUGCCCACGUAUAUCAAUCAACAUAUUCGCCAAAUACGCAAUGGUCCGAGCAAUUUGCGGAGGGAUCUGAGAUUCGAGAUUACUGGCAGUCUGUCGCAAAGAAGCACGAAGCAUAUCGGUACAUCAAAUUUGGUCGACGCGUCGACGAUGCGUUGUGGGACGACAAUGAAUCACAGUGGAUUUUGAGGAUACAAAAUCUCAAAACAAAGAACACAAUUGUCGAAAAGUUCGACUUUGUGAUCUUUGCUCUUGGUCGCUUUAAUGCCUGGAGAUUACCCGACUACCCAGGUAUUGAUGAGUACAAGGGGCACCUCAGACAUACAUCGAAUUGGGAUCCUGCUUUCGACCCCAAAGGCAAAAAUGUUGCAGUUAUUGGCAAUGGCGCAAGCGGUAUUCAGGUCGUGCCUAACCUACAGCCUCUCGUCAAACACAUCACUCAUUUCGUACGCAACCCCACUUGGAUCGCAACUUCUUGGGCAGGAGACGAGCGAACAUUUGAGCCACAGCCUUUCUCCAAGGAACAGCUAGAGUCUUUUGAGGAUCCCGAGAAUUACGUCAAGUACAGGACGGAGCAGGAGGAUAAAUACUGGCGGCGAUUCAAGGCAAUGGUGAGAGGCACGGAAGAGAACGAAAGCAUUCGGGAGCUUUUUAUUGAAGUCAUGAAGAAGCGGGCGGCAGAGAAACCAGAGCUUCUCGAUGGACUGAUUCCGGAUUUUGCACCCCAUUGCAGACGUCUUACGCCUGGCCCGGGGUACCUCGAAUCGUUGACCAAAGAGAACGCAACUCUUGUCAAAGACAAGAUUAAGCGCUUCACGGCUACCGGUAUAGAAACCGUUGACGGGGUGCAUCGCGAAUUCGAUGCGAUACUGUGUGCUACUGGUGCCAAUACUGACCUGGUCCCCCCAUUUCCAGUCAGGUCAAGAGGAAUCAAUCUUCAAGAAGCUUGGAAACCAGGCGGCAAGUGGGGUUUCCCUUACACAUAUCUGGGAGCCUCAACCCCUGGAUUUCCGAAUCUCUUCUUCCUUGCGGGUCCGCAUGCCACUGGUCCAUCCGGAACCGUUCCUUACGCAGUAGAGACAUCCUUGGUCUAUUACAGUAAGAUUCUCCGCAAGGUUUCAUCGCAAGGCAUAAAGAGUAUCGUGCCAUCCAAAGAGGCCGCCGACGAUUUUGUCGACUAUUGCGAUGCCUACUUCCCAUCUACUGUGUUGACAGAUAAUUGUUCCUCGUGGAACAAUGGCGGGAUACCUGGCGGUCGGAUUCAUGGAUUAUGGCCUGGCAGUGCUGCACACGUCACCAUAGUGAAACGUGACCCACGAUGGGAGGACUGGGAGUACGAACGGGUUCAUAAAGGCAAUCGGUUUGCAUACUUUGGCAAUGGCUAUACCAAAGGUGAAGUCGAUGAUAAGAGCGACCUCACAUCAUAUCUUAAAGCACCUGGAAAGGAGACAGACUUGCGAGAUCUACAUGAAAGUUGGUGGGACUAUCCGGGCGCAACAUUGAAGCAAGAAUAA